CUAUAGUUUACCCCUCCUCUCCUUGCUGAUGUUGUUGUUGUUGUUGAUUUUUUUUUUUUCCUUCCCCUUAUCACGGCCUCAAGUUAGUUUGAUAGGCCUUGACGCAACAACGUCCUCGUGCAUCGCCGUAGCUUCAAUCUGACUAGCUCCCUCCAACUCACUCUGCCGCUAACCCAUCGGCUUACCUGAAUAAGAUAGUAGAAUAUCAAGCUCUGCAGCUGCAGGCCUACCUGAAAUUGAUCUACAAGUCCCAAUAUCUCCUUUCUCUUGUCUUUCCACCUUUUCGUUGAUAUUAACCUUCGUGCCUUGUGUGCUGUUGAACGCCUAAUUGCCUUUCCGCUCUUACCUUGGUAGUCAAUCUUCGCCAUCUAUCUUGCUUGUGCAGUUUGUUCUAUCAGACUGCCCUUCCAACAUGGUUGUAGUCGACAACCACGAGUACCUCACUGAGGAAGAAAAGCGUCUUCGGGAAGAUAGGAACCGCGUUAAAUAUUGGAAGAAAUGGGGUCCCUACGUUGCCGAACGACAAUGGGCUACAGUCCGAGAGGAUUAUAGCGCAGAUGGCGAUGCUUGGAGUCAUUUUACGCACGACCACGCCCGAUCUCGAGCAUUCCGCUGGGGGGAAGACGGCAUAGCUGGAGUGUCAGAUACGCAUGGCCUACAGAACAUUGCAUUUGCUUUCUGGAACGAGCAAGACCCCUUUCUAAAGGAAAGGCUUUUCGGCCUAGCGAACCCGCAGGGUAAUCAUGGCGAAAGUAUCAAGGAAGCACACUUCCACCUCGAUAACACACCUACACACUCUUAUAUGAAAUACCUCUACAAAUACCCGCAGAAGGCCUUUCCCUACGAGGAUCUCAUAGAAACGAAUGGGAAAAGGACGAAGGAGGAAAAGGAAUACCAGAUCAUUGAUACUGGGAUAUUCGACGAGGAUAGAUACUGGGACAUUAUAAUCGAGACUGCCAAGGAAGCGGAUGAUCCCGAGGAGAUACUCUUCCGAGUCACGGCAUGGAAUCGAGGUCCGGAUCCAGCUCCACUCCACAUCAUUCCCCAUGUCUGGUUUCGCAACACAUGGGCUUGGGGAAGGGAGACAGCAGAUAAGAAGCCAGCUAUCUCAUACUUCACCGAAAACAUGGCCAAAUCGAGGCACCAUAAACUAGGUGACCGAUACAUGCUAUUAUCACCCUCGCCAGGUGUUGGAACUAGCGGAGAGGAUGUUGAGCCAGAACUUAUCUUCACAGACAACGACACCAACUACGAGCUACUGUACGACGGCGAGAAUCAAGUCCCAUACGUCAAAGACGCAUUCCAUCAAUACAUCGUCGACGGGAAGAAGCAAGCCGUGAACCCGGCCAGGACGGGCACAAAAUGUGCUGCCUGGUACCAAUUUAACGAGUCCGGGGGUGUUGGCCCUGGCGAAUGUGCCGUUGUUCGUUUCCGAUUUACGAGGAAAAAUGAGAGUUACCUAGACGAAGAAAUAUUCGAUGAUAUCAUUGAAAAGAGACGAGAGGAAGCAGAUGAGUUUUACUACAGGAUCAGCCCCUUACCGAUGUCUGAGGAUCUUCGCAACAUCCAACGCCAAGCAUUCUCGGGCAUGAUGUGGUGUAAACAACAUUACCAGUUCAUAUGGGACCAGUGGGCUAAUGGCGAUCCCUCCCAGCCACCACCUCCCCCCGAGAGGAAGGCGAUUAGAAAUUCCCAAUGGAAGCACUUACAUAUUGACGAUGUCCUGUCCAUGCCGGAUUCCUGGGAAUAUCCCUUCUUUGCGGCAUGGGAUUCUGCGUUUCAUUGCAUUCCGCUUGCUAUGAUCGAUCCAGAAUUUGCGAAGAAGCAAAUUGAUCUGUUCACCAGAGAGUGGUACUGCCAUCCAAAUGGCCAGCUUCCUGCAUACGAAUGGAACUUUAGUGAUGUCAACCCACCAGUCCAUGCUUGGGCGACUUUCCGUGUGUUCAAGAUUGAGCGCAAGAUGUACGGAAGACAGGAUCUCGACUUUUUGGAGAGAGUAUUCCAGAAAUUACUAUUGAAUUUCACCUGGUGGGUUAAUCGAAAGGAUAUGGACGGAAAAAAUGUCUUCGAAGGAGGCUUCCUUGGGCUAGACAACAUCGGUCUCUUCAAUCGUUCCGAGCCCCUUCCGACAGGAGGUGUUUUAGAACAGGCUGACAGCACGGGGUGGAUGGCGUUCUACUGCUUGAGCAUGCUCAACAUCGCGCUCGAGCUUGCCAAGCAUCGGAGAAUCUACGAGGAUAUUGCCUCGAAGUUCUUUGAACAUUUUAUAUUCAUCAGCGAUGCCAUGACAUUCAAGUCAGGUGAAAAGGAUGAGAAGUCGUUAUGGAAUGAUGAAGAUGGCUUCUAUUACGAUGCCAUUUCAUGGGGCGGGCCUUGGAUUCAACAACUACCUGUCCGAUCACUCGUGGGGUUGAUUCCGCUCUACGCAACACUGACUCUAGAACCGGAGCUAAUCAACAAAUUACCUUCGUUCAAGAAGCGCGUGGAUUGGUUCAUAGAGAACCGAUGCGACUUGGCCGAAAGGAACAUGGCAAGCAUUCGGAAAAGGGGUAAGGGGAAUCGUAUCCUUCUUGCGAUGGUAAGCAAAGAUCGAUUGGAAAAGAUUCUGAAGCGUAUGCUCGACGAGGAUGAGUUCUUGAGCGAGCACGGUAUCAGAUCGCUAUCGAGAUACCAUAAAGAACAUCCAUACUCUAUGGACGUCAAUGGUCAAAAGUUCACGGUGGGAUAUGUCCCGGGUGACUCUGAUAGCGGGCUAUUCGGUGGUAACAGCAACUGGAGAGGUCCUAUUUGGUUGUGUGUUAAUUUUCUCCUGGUGGAAUCGUUGCAGCGAUUCUUCCUCUUCUACGGCCCGACUUACCAAAUCGAAUGCCCUACCGGAUCCGGUGAAUAUAUGCACUUGGGACACGUUUCCGAAGAGAUUCAACAUCGGUUACAGCACCUAUUUGCCCGUGGUGAUGAUGGACGUCGAAGUAUCAAUGGCGGAAAUGAUAUGCUGGACUUUGACCCGAACUGGAGAGAUUAUAUGUGGUUCCAUGAGUUCUUCGACGGCGACACGGGUCGUGGACUGGGAGCUACGCACCAAUGCGGUUGGACGGGCCUAAUCGCACGUAUGAUUCACGAUACAGGUAUAAGCUGCCGCCUUCCGCAGACCCCUCGCACACCGACAGCCGGUAUGUCGCACUACUUCGACGACAUCCUACAUCGACACGUGGGUAUCGGCAUCAGCAAACCGCAGCGGGGCCACAUGCGGCGGUCGUCCACAGCGCGAUCCAUCAGCGCACGCAGCGACUUCGACGCAUCGGUUAACGGCGAAGAAUUCGAUGUUCGCAGCGUGGUACCGGAUGACUCGGAACGAGAGGCCCAGCGUAAGGAGGCAGAUGCUCAUCUGCACCAGUAUAUCUCGGAACAGCUUCAGCGGGUUAAAGACCAUGAUGACUUUGAGGGAUUGGCAGACAGGGAUGAGUACGAGACACAUUUAUAAAUCUUACAAGGAUUUAAAGGAAGUUGGUCAUAAGAGAAUUACUAUAUGAAAGAUUGGAUGACGGGGAUGAGAAGAUGUAGAGAAGAAAAGGGAGAAAGGAGGAGAGGGUUUACGAAUAUACGCAGAUCAGAUAUACAGAUAUAAGGCACAUAAGAAGCUACGGCUAUAUUGUUUAGUUGGUUAGAAAGAAUACGAUUGUGCUCAGCAUAUGAUGGGAUGCCUUGACUCCUUAUACAACAAAA